GUGGGACCAUCCACUAGCCCCCGGCCUGAGUGCAGAGUGCCUACCGCAGCACACCUUUUAGUCGUGACAAUCUCUUGUGUUGUUAAUGGCGCAUCUUCACCAUAAUCAAAGCCAGGUCUUCCAAUACCGCACUUCUAAAAACGACUGUUCCCCAUAGAGAAGGGCCAGGCCGAGCAAACCCUCCGUUUGGAGAGCGAGAAAACGCUCUUGAAAAGGGAACUCGGGUACGGUCGAAAAGGCCGGGGGGAUGGGGGUUCAGAUGGGCUCCAUUGAUCGCGACGGCUGUCCAUUUGAGCCCCUGCAUAGUUCGGAGGAUUUAUGAACACAAGAUCCGGAAAACCAGUACUGUUUCUUGGUUGCAAGUGGUUGGAGUAGGAUGAGGUUGAUGGAUCAUACUCUACAAUUCUCACUGUUGCUGACGCUUCUGGGCUUCGCUUCAAUACUCGCAAAUGCUUCUCCUAUGAAGAAUAAUUUUGGGCAUUGUGAACGGGUGGUAAAAAAGUGGGCAGUUUCUUCCCUUGAUCCAGAAGUCAAUGAAGACAAGCACACAUUGCGAGAUUUACUUUUUUUUCUCCAUGUCCCCAGAACCGGAGGCAGAACAUAUUUCCAUUGCUUCUUGAGAAAGCUGUACUCUAAAUCUCUGGAAUGCCCCCGUUCUUAUGAUAAGCUGCGGUUUGAUCCGAGCAAGACAAAGUGCAGGUUGUUGGUUACUCAUGAUGACUAUAGUAUGAUGUCCAAACUUCCCAGUCAUAGAACUUCUGUGGUGACGAUACUUAGGAAUCCAGUUGAACGUGUUUUCAGUACUUAUGAAUUUUCAAUUGAGGUGGGAGCUAGAUUUUUGGUGCAUCCGAACUUAACAUCUGCUACACAAAUGGCUGAGCGCUUGCGUUCUAAGAUGAGAGGAGUUAGUACACUGGAUAUAUGGCCAUGGAAGUAUUUGGUUCCGUGGAUGAGAGAAGACCUCUUUGCUAGGAGAGAUGCUAGAAGACGAAGGGGUUCAGAUGACAUGCAGAGCAAUGGCGCAUAUGACAUGGAGGAGAUUGUUAUGCCAUUACAUGAAUACAUCAACAGCCCUAUAGCACUUGAUAUUGUUCACAAUGGGGCCACAUUCCAGGUUGCAGGAUUGACAAAUAACUCAUAUCUAGAGGAAUCGCAUGAGGUGCGCCAUUGUGUACAGAAGUAUGAGAUUCUUGGUGAACAUGUGCUUCAAGUUGCAAAGAAGAGGUUAGAUGAUAUGUUAUAUGUUGGGCUCACUGAGGAACACAGAGAAUCUGCAACAAUGUUUGCCAAUGUAGUUGGUGCGCAGGUGAUUUCCCAGUGGGGAGCAUUGAACAUGAGUAUGGAGAGUGUAGCUAACAACAAAUCAGAACAGAGCUCUUCGUUCUCAAUUUCUGAGCUUGAAAAUGAUGACCAUCAGAAUAGCAGCAUUGACCACAACUCAGGUCAGGUGACUUCAACUGAAAAUGACGAAGCAACAAAACAAAAUAUGACGGUGGACAGACUCAUGGAAGCUUAUGAAGUCUGCAUCUCCAGUUUAAGAAAGGAGCAAGCACACCGACGCACUGCUUCUCUGAAGAGAAUUUCCCCUGCAAACUUUUCCAAAGAGGGACGUCUUCAGGUUCCUGGAGUGAUUCUCGAGCAGAUAAGAUCACUUAACAGACUUGAUUUGGAGCUCUACAAGUAUGCUCAAGACAUUUUUGAAAAGCGGCACAAACAUUCAAUGGAGAAGCUUUUUGCUAUACUGCAUAUACUGGAUUGGAUUACCUGAUGUUUCUGGAGAGGUGGGGGAGCAUGUUUAACAACUUAGAUGGAGCUGGGUUCUGGAAAGUAUAUCUGUUGGCCUCGACCCUUAUCUUACUCUUUCUAUUUCUCUUUCUUUUUGUAAAUGCAAGAAGAAGAACAUCAAAAGUUAAAUCUUAAAAUCUUAUUUAGGCUU